GAGGGAGUGAGAGGAGCGGCCAACGAGCUGCGCGACGAGCCGAGGGGCGGGGGGGCGCUGUCAAGUUUGAGAAGUGAGAAGUUUACAAGCGGCGCGAGUUAAUAGGAGUCCCCUCUCCGCUGCACCCACGUGAGCUACCCGCGCUCCGCCAUGGAGUAGCGCGGCGCGAAGAGCACAGCUGCACUGCCUGCACCGAGUUGCUGAAGGAGCGGCCGUUCCCCGCCUCCCUCCCUCCUCCUCCUCCUCGUGCACCCGCCCAGCCAAGCCCGAUCAGGCAGCAGCCUCCCCCCCCCCGCCCCCCUUCACGGCAGCCCUCCCUGCAUCAUCCUCAUCUUCUGCGUUCCUUCUAGGCGGCUUGGAUCGCCGCUCGAGGGUCCCUGUGCUUCUCGGAGCCUCCCGCCGCCGCGGCCUCCUCUCCCCGGCGCCAGGGGUGCCCGAGUGAUGCCGGUAACCAUGGAGACACCCGGGCGUGCUGAGCGACCAGCGGGCAGCUCCGGGGGGCGCGCGAGAUCGACGUCGGACGGGGCCCCCGAGCGAGUUGCCGCGUCGAGCACCACCACGUCACAAGAGGAAGAUGGCCCUGGAGCCGGCUACGUACGAGAGCGCCGCGACGCGCUGCACCUCCUGAGCACUGCCGGCACAACUGGCGGCGGCGGUGGCGGCGGCGGCGGCAUCAGCAAGCCAGCCCUGAGUCAGAUCCCCGAGGAGCCCAGCACAUCCACCACCGAUGAGGGGCCCGUGCCAUCAUCCUCCGCCUCGUCUUCAUCCACCUCGUCCACCGCUAAGAAGGCUUCUGCAUCCUGCCACACCCUGCACUGCCCGGGGGCAUCCCUCGGCGGGUUCCGCCCGCCUGGAUACCCGCUGGACCCAAGGAACGGCUGCAUCGACUCGCCGUACGCCGCUCCUCACCCGCUCUUCCCGGCGUUCCACCCGCCGAUCCCCCUGGACAGCCGCCACCACGAGGGCCGCUACUACUUCGAGCCGCCCCACCUCCACCCCUUGCAUGGCCCUCCGAUGAUCUCGUCAAGGCUCGCGAUCUCGGACGUGAGAUUCUCCCCACACCACGGAGUCUCGGGGCUGGAGGCCCCGUUCAGCCCGGCCCACGCGCAUGCGCACGCACACGCGCACGCGUUCGUCAGCCCGUAUGUGGAGCAAUACCUGCGCUCCAUGCACAGCAGCCCCUCCCUGUCGGUCAUCUCGGCUGCCCGGGGCCUCAGCCCUGCCGAAGCUUCCCAUGAGGCCCUAAAAGAGCGGGGGGCCUUCACCUUCCCGACGCCGCCACCUGGCGCCGCCUCAGCCGAGUACUACCAGCACCUGGCGCUCAUGGCCAGCCAUGGGAGUCCGGCCUACUCAACGGGAAUGCUGCCACCCCACCCGUCCCUGGGUCCCACCGGCCUGCCCCUUGACUACAUGCACCACCUCGACGCCGCCUCCCGCUACUCGAGCCCACGUCCACCAGGGGCGUUUGCCGGCGUCGGGGGCGCCCGGCUGAGCCGCAAGCGGGCACUGUCUAUCUCGCCGGCGUCCGAGACGGGGCUGGACUUGCACGCCAUGAUUCGCUCAUCACCCAACUCGCUGCUCGCCUUCCUCAGCAGCUCGCGCAGCAGCUCGGCGGCCAGCGGCUCCUACGGGCACCUGUCGGCCAGCGCUGUCAGCCCGGCCAUCGGCUUCCCGAGUGCCCCCACACCGAUGGCCUUGCAGCAGAUCCUGAGCCGGCAGCGCUCGUCCUUCGGUCACACGCCACCGCUGCCGCCUCUCUCCGCCACGCACACCCCAUUGCGGCAUCAUUUGGGCUCCGGUAGCUCCUCAGGCCGGAACGACGCCACGGAGAGUAAGUCGGGCGGCGAGGCGGCUGUGAGCAGCACGGGCGACCCGCAGGCCCACACCAAACGCACCAAGGCCAAGAUUGAGGCCUCGGCCAUGGCGGCUGCACUCGUCACGCAGGAGCAGGAGCAGAUGAUGACCCAGCUCGAGGAGGAUGCCGACCGCGACGAGCUGAAGCAGGAGCCCGAGGCGGUGUACGAGACAAACUGCCACUGGGAGGACUGCCUGCGCGAGUUCGACACCCAGGAGCAGCUCGUGCACCACAUCAAUAACGAGCACAUCCACGGGGAGCGCAAGGAGUUUGUGUGCCGCUGGCGUGACUGCAGCCGGGAGAAGAAGCCCUUCAAAGCGCAGUACAUGCUGGUGGUGCACAUGCGGCGCCACACGGGAGAGAAGCCCCACAAGUGCACGUUUGAGGGCUGCGCCAAAGCCUAUUCUCGGCUGGAGAACCUCAAGACGCACCUGCGCUCACACACGGGCGAGAAGCCGUACGUGUGCGAGCACGAGGGCUGUAACAAGGCCUUCUCCAACGCGUCCGACCGUGCCAAGCAUCAGAACCGCACGCACUCCAACGAGAAACCGUACGUGUGCAAGAUUCCCAGCUGCACCAAGCGCUACACGGACCCCAGCUCCCUGCGCAAGCACGUCAAGACGGUGCACGGGCCCGAAGCGCACGUCACCAAGAAGCAGCGUGGCGGAGAUACCCCCAACCCCCGCGGGCCGUCGGGCGGGGGGGCCAGGGACCAGCCGGGCAGUGGGGGUGUGGGGGGCAUGCCUGGCGGGGGGGGCAAGAUGGGCCUGGGUAGCCCCGGCUCCACGCACUCCGACAGAAGGGGAAACGGCAAUGACGUGGAGAUAAAAUCCGUCAAAUCAGAGAAAUCGGUGAUGUCGCCAGGGAGCCAGUCGUCAUGCAGCAGCGAGCUCUCCCCAUUCAGCACCCAAGAGGCGACGGCGACGGCAGCAGUGGCGGAGGGGGAGGCAGAGCUGGGCGAGGGCACCGGCCUCUGCGAGGUGGAGGGCGGUGGCGAGGAGCCUGGGGAGGAUGGGCCUGGCGUGGGGCUGCACGCUCGACGCUCGUCGGCCGCUUCCUCCACCGCCCACCGCCUCGAGCACAUGAAGCAGGAGCGGCUGCGUGGCGUCAUCGCCGCCGACUCGUGGGCUGCAGAGACCAGAGGGGGCACGCGAGGGGGACCCGGGACUGUGAAGCUGCCUCCUAUCAAUGGUCACCAAAACGUCAAUGGCUGCCCAACCAUAAUCCCAGUGAACCCCCGCGGGCCUGAGCUUUACCCCAGUGACCUGAUGUCACUGAACCGCCUCAACGAGCGUCGGGAUAGCGCUACCAGUGACCUGAGCUCGGCUUACCUGAGCAGCCGGCGCUCAUCUGGCGUGUCACCCUGCCACCUAAAUGGAUACCGCCGCCAUCUCAGCACGGCCGAUUCCUACGACCCGAUCUCCACUGACGCCUCACGCCGCUCCAGCCAGACCAGCCAGGGCGGCGGCGGUGGUGGUGGCGGCGGUGCAGGGCACCUGCCAGGCCUGCCAGGUCUCACACCUCUGCAGCAGUAUCGUCUGAAGGCCAAGUAUGCAGUUGCCACAGGGGGGCCGCCCCCAACGCCGCUUCUGCACAUGGAAAGAAUGGGGCUGAGGAGCCGCAUGGCCCUGAUGUUGGACGGCGAUGGCGACAUGCGGGAGUCAAGCGCCGCAUCACACUCGGGACAGCACUUCUCUGGGCAGCACCAGCAGCAGCAGCAGCGGCGGUGCAGUGAUGGAGGGGUGUGUGGCUACGGCACGAGCCGCACUCCGCUGCCACACGAGAUCCCCGGCAUCGGGACGAGAAGAGCGAGUGACCCGGUACGCAAACCCGGUGAUAACGUCAACCAUCCGGGCCUGUUCCACAGUCAGCUGCCGCAGAGGCUUGGGCAACCACUAAAUACCACUCAUCAGUAUCACAGUCGCCUUCAGGAGCAGCAAUAUCAGCACCAGUACCUCCAGCAGCAGCAGCAGCAGCAUCAGCACCACCAAUAUCAGAGAUACAACAGCUUGAACAUACUGCCGCACCUGCCGCCGUCGGACCGCCGACGCGGUGGGCUCAGGGCCAGCGGCUACACGCGGUCCGACGGGAGCCUGCAGCGCAGCAUGUACUCGCCACGACCACCCAGCAUCAGCGAAAACGUCAUUAUGGAGGCCAUGGCGAUGGAGGGAGAGGGCCACAUCCCAGAAGAAGACAUGGUUCUUCCGGACGAUCUGAUGCAGUACAUUGUGGCUGAGGAGAACGGCCUGACGGGUGGCCCGGGCACCGUGGAUGGAGGAAUUGGGUACGGGGAUCCGCAGCAGGGCUACCAGGGCGCCAUGAACAUGUACAGUCAAGCCAACCACAAUACCCUCAAUGCAUCGGCCAGCCAUCAGCAAGCGAUGGUCACGGAUAAUGGGUUCUCUCAGUCGCACCAAGCAAUGAAUUCUUGCCAACUGAGCCCUGCCAAUCAGGCGCAGUAUCAUAGCCCCAAUCAUAUCAUGCCAUCGGAUUCGAACAAAAAUAAUUUGCCCAUCCAGUGGAAUGAGGUCAGUUCAGGCAGCAUGGACAACAGCCCUGGUGCCAACCCUGCUGUGCCCCACCGCAGAACAAUCACAAAUCCCAACCUUGGGUUAGUGCGACAGAACGAAGUUUACAGCCAAUACCAGGCUCCUGUGGGUCCUCUGCAGACCCACUAUCAACAGAAUCUGAUGAACGGGAGCACCCAGCACCAGCAAAAUCAGUUUAAUUCCUCACGACCCAGUCGCCUGCAGGCCAGUGCAAGUCAGGGCUACGUAAUGCAGGCAGGCCCGGCGCAGGCAGGCCCGGCGCAGGCAAGCCUGGCGCAGGCGCAAUCACAGCACGUGUGUCAAAGUGGUCUGGUGGUGAGCCCAGGCUCUGUCCAGCGGCCCCAUGCAUGUGGCAACACGCCAGCAAGCCCCGGCCAUCAGGCCAGCUGCAUGCAACACCCACAGAUUAGGAAUGGCCUGCAUUCCUGUGCACAGGUGGUGUCUGCAACCCCAGCCAAAGGAAUGACCAGCCAGAACUUUUCCCAGUCCCAGCAAGGGUACAUAGUGCCGCAGCAGGGACUAGGUAGCCUCUGCGGCGAUCAGAAUCCAGCCACGAUGAUGAUGAACCGAGGCAGUGCGCAGCAAGGUGGGACGAUGGGUGCGGGAGGCCAUUCGGGCUACGGCUCUCCAGCCCACACAGGCGUGAGCCCAGGCCGUGCAGCUUUCCCAUCUCAGUCGCAGAAUCCAGCACUGGGCCUAGGUCAGCAGAACUACAGCUCAGCCCAACACCCGCAGGGCACGAUGCGCCCUCGCCCUCCUGCUUAUGCAAAGUCAGGUGGAGGACAGAACCCCUUCUCGUCAAAUGGAAACCUUCAACAGUUGGCGCACUCGGGAAGCUGUGUACAACCUGUCAGUGCACUUGGUUCCAGUUCCAGCAGGGCAAUGAGGACGCAGGCAACCGGACAAUCCAACGUGAUGCUCACCCGUGGAUCAGCGACACACUAUACUGGGCAGAUUCAAAUGUACGAUGGCGGAAUGGCAAAUUUCAGCGAGCAUGGCAAUGUCGAGGGAGGUGGUAACUUCCAUCGCCAGUCGAUGAGCUGUAACUCUCACCAACACCAUCAUCAUCAGCAGCCACAGCAGCAGCAGCCUCACGUGACAGAAAGGGAUGGCCUACAGAAGCCCACAGAGAAAAUGCUGUCACCAGGGGCUGAUCAGGUGACGAGCAGCACAUCCAUGGACAUGUUGAGCUUGGAGGCCUCCCUGCCCUCUCAGAUAGACUUUGAGGCCAUGAUCUUGGAUGAUGGCGACCACUUCAGCCUGGUGUCGGGCCCACUGAGCCCCAGUCUCCUGCAGAAUCUCUCCCAGGCAUCGUCACGCCUCACGACCCCGCGCGACUCGGUCACUGUCCCUCCAGGGCGGGUGGGCACGGUCUCCACUGGCAUGGGCCUCAUUGGCCUCCCCGGGGUGGCCCCACCGCUCCCAACAGUCACCUCAGGGAUGUCCAACAUGGCCAUCGGGGACAUGAGCUCCAUGCUGUCCACGCUGGCCGAGGAAAGCAAGUUCCUCACCUUGAUGCCUUAACAAUCUGUAUUCAAAGAACUGUUGGAACUUUAGGAGCACAUCUUAGAUGAAUAAAGGUUAUUUUUAAAUGCUUAAAAGGCACGAACAAGGGAUAUAGAUUUAUGCAGAUAUUUUGAUUGAAAACUUUUUUUUCCAAGUUAAAUGCCAAAUCUUGAUGAAGAUUGUCUUGUUAACUGAAGGCCAACAUAAUUAUGUAAACAUGUAAUAAGAGUUUUUCCUCUGUGUAUAUAGGUACACAACGGUCACUUGAAAAUGCUCAUAUGCAUUCCCUGAAGCAGUAACACAAUGGUCACGUGUUGGUGCAUUGGAUUUUGUUUGAGACAAUGAAGAGGUACUUCUUUCGUCUUCAAGUAACAGCAGCCAUCAGUACCUGACACUCUCAUUCAAUAACACAGGGUAUACUGACUGCAGUAAAUAGAAGCCAUCCCCAGUAUAACCUGAAUUGUUACAAAGCAGCAUUCCAAACAGUGUGACUUUUCCACCCAUUUGGCUUGUGUCGCACAAGAAUGCUGGGCCGUUGAUGCAUGUCUUACGUGCCCGUGUGCGAUGCAGGCACAUGUCACUGCCAGUGAUCCUGAGCAAUCAGAAGGCCUCACCCACGGAGCUUUCAUAUGCAUUGAAUGUUCGUUCACCAUUCACUUUGUCAUCAAAUCGGCUUUCCAAUUUCCGAUAGGUUAUCAGUUUAAUAUGCAUAUUAUUAACGCUAUUUGUUUUUAAAUAGAGUAUUUUGUUUGCAUAUUUUCAAAUGCAUAUUAAAAUUUCAAUUCGAAAAUAUGCGAGUGAAAAAUACGUCUUGAUGCAAUCCACUAUAUUGGUAUAUUGCCUCUCUGCUUUUGGUACCUACAACGAACGUUGGAUAUUAUUUAGUUGAAUGCUAUUUUUCAUUAAAACACAGUUGAACCAUCCUGAGUUUAUUUUUUGUACUUGACAAGCGACAACCUCAAUAUUGUUGCCAACUCUUUGAGAUACAUUGAAGGUAAAAACAGCUGCGACUAUGUUCGUCCUAAGUGAGUCACCAAAUGUUACGCCUCCCCAUCGCACAAUUAUGUGGCAUGCAAUGUUGGAUGGUGUUUACUUUUAAAAUUUAAACCUUUUUUGCUGUUCGUAUAAUGUUGCCCAGAUAAUUGUUUACAAAAAUCCACCACCUCCAGCCAAGCGCAUUCAUAACCAGGCAGAGCAUGAUGCACAAUCAUUAUUUUGUCAUUCUUUUCUUGUGAGCCGUUAAAAUAAACACAUUACUGCAAUGAUGUCGUUUGAAAAAAAA